GUGUCUAAGCCCCUUCCGUCGUCCACCCCCGUCGUCCGACAUUCCUUGUCGCCGCCCCUCCUGCGUACGUCGCAAGACCGGUCUGUCCUCACCACGCGCGCGCCCUGCGUCGAAGGCACAACACAAGCAUGCUCCACCAAUUGCCCCGGGUCUCAACCAAGACUGGCAAUCCCCUGCACGCCCCCGAGCUGGUAUACCGUAUACACAACUGAUAGUCACCCGCGUUUUGCCGUUGCUUCGCCCGCGCAUACAAGCAUAUACGGUCCACCCCGCCUCGCUACGCCACCCCGCCCCGCCACCGCCCCCUCUCCCUCCCGUCCCCGCCUACCGAAGGCCAGAGAGAUGUCCUCCCUGUCCGCCUCCGCCGCGUCCCUGUCGUCCUCGCUCUCCACCCUCGCCCGCAGCAAGCUGCAGUCGGUGUCGAGCUCGGGGAGCAAGGACUCGUGCAGCCUCCACCGCUGGGUGCUGCUCAAAAACUCGAUCGUGCGCUCGCACCCAGCCGUCGCCGAUAAGGAGCGGUGCAGCGCUACGUGCACAUAUGCUCCCGAACAAGACGGACAUCAAGAAGAACAUGAGCACGAGGAAGACGAGGUCGAAGACAGCCUCGGGGAGUCGUUUAUGUUCCCCGACGUCGACGCGCUGUUAGCUUCCGAUAAACGUGGCUCAGAGGACGAGUGGCUCGACUCGCUGCUCGAGAACCUGAAUGACGAUGACGCAGAGAACGAUGCGGAAAUAGACGUUCAAGUCGCGGUGCUGGCCGUCGACGAAGAUGAGGACGACGACACCGCCGAGUUCACGCCUUUCGCCUCGCCCUCGUCGUCUUCAGAUGACCUCCUCGGCCCGCCCUCCGCACCCGUCGCUAUCCCGUACCAAUAUCCCGUGCCGUACCCGCCUCUGCCCGCCACCUCUUUCAACUAUUUCAGUUCCGACGUCGACGCCUCUAUCUCACCGCCCUACGCGGACGCACUGCCCUUCACGUAUGCGCCCGCCGACGACCACGCGGACUUGCCGAUGCCCGACGCGAUCGAGGACACCUCGGACGACGAGUCGGACGCGCCGCUCACGCCCUGGGGUCGCUCGACGUCGUCUCUCUCCGCGCUCGUCGUCGACCCGGCGUCCGUCCCGCUCCCGGCCGAGCGCCAGCCGCUCGUGAGCGUCUACGUUGACGUCGACGAUGCCUUCUUCAACCCGUUCGAGCUCGACCCGCUCCCGUUCGCCGCCGACGAGCCUCGCACGUUCGAGCGCGAGCGCGCCUACUACCCGGAGUGCAGCUAGCUUCGACAAUGUCCGCUAUCUUCUCAUCUCUCGUCUCUCUAUUCGUCUAUCAUCUCCUCGCACCCCACUCAGACGGCCCUCGCUUAUUAUUCCCCUACCCCCCCACCCCCCUACCCGAAUCCACCAUCGGCAUCCACCUGUUAACGGUGCCCGUCAUCCCAUCCACAUCAUCAUUUGCCGUUCUGCUUGUGCAUACUGUAGACCUAUAUAUUUC